AUGACUAUACUGUCUGCUUCGUCUACCUUCCACGCCAAGAAGGCUUUCCUGAAGUUUUACGUCAAAUAUGUUCGCGAGAUUCAAUCUAUUGCUCCAUAUCAUGAGUCGGCACGGUUUGCUAUAGAUGUUUGUCGUCGACUGAGGAAAGAAUGUAUUGACAAUGCACUCAACGAGGGCAUAAGGCCUGAGGUGUCGGAAUCUUUGCAAUAUUUGAUAAAAUUCAAAGCAGCGCUUCCAAUAGACCUGCGGAAAACUGGCGAGCACGGUUACAUCCAGUGA